AUGUCUCAGAAAGCGUGUUACAUUUGUGGUAAAUUAGGUCAUUUAGCAGAAGGUUGUGAUUCUGAAAAAUUGUGUUACAACUGUAACCAACCAGGUCAUGUUCAAUCUGAAUGUACCAUGGCUAGAACUGUUGAACACAAGCAAUGUUACAAUUGUGGUGAGACUGGUCAUGUUAAGACUGAAUGUACUAUUCAACGUUGUUACAACUGUAACCAAACCGGCCAUAUCUCUAGGGAAUGUCCAGAACCAAAGAAGGGUAGAUUCAGUGGAUCUUCAAAACCAAAUCCAAGAGUUGCUUGUUACAACUGUGGUGGUCCAAACCAUAUGGCUAAGGAUUGUUUACAAACUGGUUCAAAAUGUUAUUCUUGUGGUAAGUUUGGUCAUUUAUCCAAGGACUGUCCAUCUGGUGCUGGUGAAAAAGUUUGUUACAACUGUAACCAAACUGGCCACAUUUCCAGAGAAUGCCCAUCUUAUUAA